UUAGUCAUAAUUGAAUUUUAAUCCGCGUUGCGAGCGUGUGUAAAAGUGUUGCCCAACAGGUGCUUUGCUGUGAUAACAUCUAGUCUGAGCCACUAUCUGGAAACGAAACAAUACCGCAUCUCGUAAAGUGACGUAAAUAAACAUUUAAGAGACGUUGACGAAUCGUGCCACCAUAUCGACCGGAUUUGGUCAAUGUCAAUAGCAUUUGAUAACACGCCUUGUCCAAGCUAAACGAUGGAAGUGGUGGCAGCAACCCCUGGUACCGGUGGAGUGCCCCCUUUUCACGACCAUGACGUGCGCGAGUGGUCUCGACUCGACAGUUUGACUGGAGUUCUGGAAAGGGCUCGUUUGGAGACCGACCACUGGACCGCCAAUACCAACAAUUCCUGUCACAAAUACGGAAAGGUAGUGGACUCGCGAGCGCGAACCAACGCGGACGGUGCAUUGCAACAACAGGCGAGAAGGCAACUGGAAGUGUUCCAAAGCCACAUCCCUGGGGGUCAUCUACAAGUCAUCAAAACGCAGUCGGUCUCAAGUAGUCGCUGGAGCAACAAAUCGACCGACCUGCACCUCCCGAUCAAAGACUUUGAGAACCUCCAGCUCUCGCUAAACCCACUGGAUUUGACUUCGCAAAAAUCUAAAGCAAACGUAGGAAGAAGUGUCGGUAGGCGGCCACCUUCACGACCGCGAGCCAGAGACGAGUCCUUAAAUCUAUACCGCGUAUCCAGACUCUGCCAUCAAAUACACGAAGAAACGCUCAAGCAAAACGAACACCCGAACCUGACACGAACGAAAAGCACCAGCAGCGAAGACUUGCACUUGGAGGAUAAAUCGUCGAAAAGCAUCGAAGAUUUGGAGGACUUGGAGCAGUUGCAAAGCUGGCGGAGGACGUCCAAGUUACGACGCUCCCUCCAAUACCCCAAAGAGAACAAACCGGCCCCCAAACCAGUCUAUUUACCCGAAAACAGCGGAAGCGUCCGGAAAAUACGCGAAGAACUGGAAAAAGGGCGAAGACUCAGCACGGCCUUACGAGGCAAUAGCGUCGAUCUUCAAGCCUUGGACCAGAUCCUACAAACAAUCUCCAGCUCAAGUUCGGACAAACCUGAGGAUAGUCAAGACGAAGCCGAGACGAAGAAGCAAAAACGCAACUCUUUCGUCACCGUCGAAACGCUCCAAGAAGUGAGAGGACGUCUUCGACGAACGAGUUCGUCGACUGAAGACAUCUACAAAACUAACAAAGACGAAGAGACUGAUGACGGUAUAGUUACUGAAUGCAACGAAAUGCCAGUUAGUGAAAAGUCAAGGGUUCGUUCAUACGUCUACGGAAUGGAAGCAACCAAGAAACCUAUUUUGGGAACAGGUAGUUUGGAAUCCCGAACGAAACUACUCAACGGAGGAACGAAUCUUCGCAAUGAAGACUGGUAUAACCGGCGUAAAUCGUACGGUUUCGAGCAAGUGCACAAUCACAACGAAACUUCAAACCCCAUCUCGCUUAAAAAUCGAGGUCGGGUGGAAUCGUCAACAGACAGUGGUAUUUGCAGAUCGUCCGAAAUCGUGAUCGUGCCAGCGACAAAAUCAGAAGAAAAGUUUACUAGUGUUAAGCAAAUCUCGUCCAUUUUUGAUAACAAAGAUUUGAAAUCUACCACCAUAACUAUACCCAUAGUGUCCAAACCUAACUCAAACUUUGUCGAUUUGAGUUGGGACGAUGUGCCAGAGAAAGAGGUGAAACGGCACUCCAUCGCUGUUGAUGAACCGAAGUAUGAUAAUAAGUUCAGGAGGGCGAUUGAUGAUUCCAGUGCACAGAAUCGAAAGUCGAAAAAAGUCGAGUUUUGUAAAACUGAAGUACACUUUGCGGCCGAGUCCGGGAAAGUUAAUAUAGUAGAAACUGAUGAGAAACCACCACCUACAAAUAAUUUUCGAAGAAGGAGACGGAAUUCGGGGCCUGUGAUUACCGACGAUUUUAACGGCUUGCCAGUCUUGCAUUUUGGGGACAGCUCGUACGAAAAAGUCUUGCUUGGAGUGGCUGACGAAGACUUUGAACCUGCAACCGACGAAAACAUCUAUUCGAACAUCUCGUGCGGAACGGUCACAGUGAACACAACAUCAAAUUUGGCGGACCCGCAAGACGACGACAAAAAGGACGCUGUUGAAAACGUGAAGGGGAUUUUGAAAAACAAGCCAAUCAAACCGACUCCAUACCACCUGGGGGAGGAUCGUUUUUUGAACAGCAACUCCGACAGUGACAGUGGGAAGUGGGGGGUUCGGCUUAAACCGGUUCAAAAAACCGAACCGCCCUAUUGGAAAUCCACGGUUACGUUGCACAAUACCGUUUUCGGACAGGAUGAACAACCCGAAUUCCAGAAGUUGUUAAGGAAUUUGCGACCAACCAGCGGGAACAAGCCGGAUCUGGUGGCCAAUCAACGAAAUUCAGAAAAUUUUUCGAGUGUAAAGUUCGUCACGAGUGCUGAUAAUCGAAGACCAUGGUCUGUUGCUGAUAGAGUUAAAUUAAGUGAGGACGGUCAAUGGGCAGAAAAUAAGGUUUAUUCUACCAAGGUCAAUUUUGGUGAUGGGGGAACAGCCGUUGUGGAAAACGAUCAGUUUGAGCAAAAAGAAUGGAAUAAGAAGGAGAACUCUGCGAAAGUGAAACUUGCAGACUCGGAGAGAAUUUUAAACAAAGGACUUGUGGUAAGAAUCGGACGAGACGACACAUCUAAACACACAGUCUGUUCCAAAACAACAUCUCAGGAUUCAAGCACAACCACCACGACCAAAAUCACUAUAGACCUAAGCCCGUCCCCUACUAACAUAAAAAAAUCCCCCGUACUUUCACAAACCAAACGAUCUCACUGUUUCAAGUCUACCUCUUUAGUCCUAGACACGAUUAAAAACGACUGCAAUAAAAUUAACAUUCCUCAACAACUCGAAGCACUGAAGAAGCUCUACGAAGACGUACAAAGCGAUAGUGACGCGGACAAGGAAGUGCAAGUUUUGAUGGGAAAAAUGAACGAACGGGAUCUCGAAAACGACAAAGACGAUAACACGAGCGAAAUCUCCGGAAGUUGGAGUAAAAUGAGGGCUUGCAGAAUGCUAAAGACAAACAUAACUCGGGAUUUUCCAAGUGCUAGAAUAAGUGCAAAAGUAGAAAAAGACGAUUUAAAAGCAAGUGCCAAACACAAAUUUGGAAUCGAGGAUAGUUUGUCGAAAACUUACCGAAUCAAAACGAAAGACAAAUAUUCGCCAGUUGCAACUCGCAAAUUGAAGAGUGCAACAAGUGAUUUAUCGAGUCCUUCGCUAGUCGGUCGCAGCUCAAAAUUAGACCUACGCACGGACAAAUACGAAUAUAAAACAGAAAGUAAAGAAUUCGCAAACGUUACAGAUGCUAAACUUCACCAGAAACACUCUUCUAACGACAUAGUUCUAAGACAACCCAAACGUUCCGAAAUGACUUAUUUCGGAGUCAGGGUUUCGCCACAAUCAGUGAAAAAAAGCCAAGAAUCUGUGAUACAUAGGGAAACAAAACUGUCUGAAAAACCUGAUCUCUUACAACACAUGAAAACAGAUAGUCCUAAAAGUAGAACUAGAUCACCCGAACGCACGCAACCAAUUUACGAAAAUGUUGUCCGUGUUGGUAAAGAGUUUGAUAGUAACAUACUCGAAGAACUAACAAAAGCAGCUGAUCAAAUUCUAUUGGCUGUGAACGGGUUCACUGAUGACGAUUCACACGAAAACACCUUCAAGGAGCCUUUGGCCACAAUAACUGAGAGCAAGUCCUGGAGCCAAGACAAGAAAAGUAAAACAGCGAAACAAUCAAACGUGAAAACGAGGCUAAAACACACAUCGUCCACUUCUUCGGUUGAAAGUUUGACAAAAGGACGUAAAGCGCAACAAAUACGACCUGUUCCAAUUAGGAAGAAAAAUGUGGUUAAUGAACCCACAGUCAGAGCAACAACUAAAGCUCGACGGUUACAAAGGGCCAGUAGUAGGGAAGCUUUACUGCAGUCUCAUGGUAGUUCAUCGGAGGAUUUGGGCGCUAAUGUCGAAAUCCCGCAACGCAAACCGAGGCAAAUUCGAAAGACGAAGCAAACACAACUGACUGUUAGCAACGGGAUUGAAAUGAAUAAAAAAACAACACCGCCGAAUCCACCCAGGCGUAGAGCGAAAACAGAUGAGAAGGUGGAACCAGUGACUGAAAUUCGGCACAAAACGGCUGUGUCUACCAUUAGAAGUACUGCAGACAAGUCUAGUCGUGACAGAAGCCGAAGCAGAGCUGAAGAAGCAAAAAAAAGAGUACCACCCACAACAAAAAAGGAACCUAUCAAAGGAACUAUUUAUAAAAGUGAACCGAAGAAGGCGGCUUCAACCCGUGAGAUCUCUAACCACCGAAUUUCAACAGCGUAUGUACCUGUUUGUAGAGCUAGAAGUCGAAAUGUACACACUGAACAACCUGACGAGUGUCCAUGUUUAUGUUCUUGACAAUUAGAACUACGCUAGGAAUAUAAAAAAGUGCCACCGAACAGAUGAAAAGCCACGACAUUCCGAGCUGCUUAAAGGAUGAAUCCAGUGAAUUUUCUUAGUUAGUUCAGUAUGUUAUUUAAGUUAGUAUACGAAUAUGAGUGUAAUAUUCCUGCCGUAUUAGCAUGUAAGUUCCUAAACUUUUAGUUUUUAUAAACAUUUCGAUGUUUUCAAUUAAUUUACUUUAAUGACGAAGACAAGCGUUUGACUUUGCGUUUAAUAACAUGUGAGUUUGCUUACUUAAUACUUAACAUGUAUUAUUUAAUACAUUUGUAAUUAAUGUUUAACUUUCUGAAAUAAUUGUGAUCUUAAACUGCUUUGGUUUUGUGAUGUUUUAUUAAUUAAAUGAUUAUUAAUUA